AUGCAUACUUCUCUUCUUCGUCUGGAAAGCACAUCUUCACUUCCUUAUCGUAAACUUCUGGAAGCGGAGACAUUCAGCGUUGAUGCUGAAUUCAAGUAUCCUAGGGUAUUCAAUGCAAAACAAACAUGGGAUUUCAAGUUUCGUUUGACAAAGUGCUGCUGCUGGCUUGUAUGGGAUCACCAGCGAUUCGUUUCGGAUCUGAUAAACGAGUUUGUGGGCGACACUGCAGCAGACCUUGUUACGUUUAUACCUUAUACAGUUAUCAUCGACUUUGAUGUUUCGGAUAGUUUCGAGGCUAUUUUAUUGCCUGAAUGA